UUCUCAAACCAAGUGAAGUUACGUUUGCUGUUACAGGAAUCUAUGACAUUCACAGACGUGGCCGUGGACAUCACCCCGGAGGACUGGGAGCUCAUGCGCCCUGUGCAGAAGGAGCUGUACAAGACCGUCACGUUGCAGAACUACUGGAACAUGGUUUCUCUGGGACUUACGGUGUACAGACCAACUGUGAUUCCCAUAUUGGAAGAACCAUGGAUGGUGAUAAAAGAAAUUUUAGAAGGCCCCAGUCCAGAAUGGGAAGCAAAAGCCCAAGACUGUACUUCAGUGGAAAAUACUUCUAAACUCACAAAGGGUGGAACCAAGACCGUCAAGCUGGAAGAGCCCUACGAGUAUGACAGGUCGGAGAGGCCAGCGGCCUUCAGGAGAAUCCCCGCCAGCAGCAGGAACUUCGGUCUGAAGGCAGUCUUUUCACAGGAAGAUGCUCCUGCAGGAGGGUGUCUGAGUAAAUAUGACCUAUAUCGAAGUAACUUUGAAAAGCAUUCCAACCUGAUUAUACAGUUUGGUACCCAGUCAGAUGAUAAGACUUCCGUGUACAGCGAGGGCCGGGCAGCCUUCGGUCACGUCUCGUACGGUAUCGUGCAAGGAAAAAUAUACCCUGGGGACAAGCCUUACAAGUGUAACGUGUGCGGGAAAAAGUUUAGGAAAUACCCAUCCCUCCUCAAGCACCAAAGCAGCCACGCCAAAGAGAGGCCCCCUCGCCGCCAGCGCCCAACUUCCGCCCGCCCCGAGGGCUGCAGAUCCACCCAGUCGGGGGGUGACCCCUCGCCGCCCGGGGACGGCCCGCUGUCAGGUGUUCCUGGGAAAUGUGGGCUGUGCCUCCCGGCGCAGGCGCACCUCCAUCGUCGUGGCUCCGCCCCUCGGGCCCCGAGCACCUGCUUGCGCGCUCCCGGCCGUGCGGAGGCGGUCGGGGAGCAGCGGGGAACAGGAGGGAGCGGGGUCCCCGCACCGCCCCAGGCCCCAGGCGCGCACCCCGACACCUCCUGCAGCUGUUUCCUGAGCUCAGCCCUCAAGGACCGAGCGGCUGGUCGACGCUGCUAG